CCGGGGCGGGGCGCAGUCCCCGGAAGUGCGUGGCCGCCGGGGCCAUGGCGGCGCUUCGCGUCGUCUACUUGCUGCUCGGGGCAGCGUCCUGGUCGCCGGCCUCAGCCUCGGGCGAGGAGUUCUGGCCUGGCCAGUCGGCAGCCGACAUCCUGUCGGGGGCGGCGUCCCGCAGACGGUACCUUCUGUACGACGUCAACCCCCCGGAAGGCUUCAACCUGCGCAGGGACGUCUACAUUCGUGUGGCCUCUCUCCUGAAGACCCUUCUGAAGACGGAGGACUGGGUGCUGGUCCUGCCCCCCUGGGGGCGUCUCUACCACUGGCAGAGUCCCGACAUCCAUCAAGUCCGGAUUCCUUGGUCCGAGUUUUUUGAUCUUCCGAGUCUCAAUAAAAACAUCCCCGUCAUUGAGUAUGAGCAGUUCAUCGCAGAGUCUGGAGGGCCCUUCAUCGACCAGGUGUUCGUCCUGCAGAGCUACGCAGAGGGCUGGCAGGAAGGCAGCUGGGAGGAGAAGGUGGACGCGCGGCCGUGCAUCGACCAGCUGCUCUACUCCCAGGACAAGCACGAGUACUACAGAGGAUGGUUUUGGGGUUAUGAAGAAACCAGGGGGUUAAACGUCUCCUGUCUGUCCGUCCAAGGCUCGGCCUCCAUCAUGGCGCCUGUGCUGAAAAACUCCUCUGCUCGGUCUGUGAUGUUAGACAGAGCUGAAAACCUACUCCACGACCACUACGGAGGGAAGGAGUACUGGGACACGCGCCGGAGCAUGGUGUUCGCCAGGCACCUGCGGGUGGUGGGUGACGAGUUCCGCAGCCGGUAUCUGAACUCCACGGACCUCGCGGACAAGAUCCCCUUCCAGGAGGACUGGACGAAGAUGAAGGUCGAGCUGGGCUCUGCGCGCGGCGGCCCGUACCUGGGCGUGCACCUGAGAAGGAAGGACUUCAUCUGGGGGCACAGGGAGGACGUGCCCAGCCUGGAGGGGGCCGUGAGGACCAUCCGCAGGCUGAUGGCGGCUCACCGGCUCCACACGGUGUUUGUGGCCACCGACGCCGUCAGGAAGGAACACGAAGAGCUCAAAAAACUGUUGCCCGAAAUGGUGAGGUUCGAACCCACCUGGGAAGAGCUGGAGCUCUACAAGGACGGAGGCGUGGCGAUCAUCGACCAGUGGAUCUGCGCCCACGCCAGGGUUUUCAUCGGCACCUCAGUCUCAACGUUUUCUUUUCGGAUUCACGAGGAAAGAGAAAUCCUGGGCUUGGACCCCAAGACCACGUACAACAGGUUUUGUGGCGACCAGGAGAAGGCGUGUGAGCAGCCCACGCACUGGAAGAUCGUAUACUGACGUGGCGCCGCGGACAGCGGCUGCCCUGCGCCAUGUGACACGUGGACGGACACGGGUCCUCUGCGGGGGCUGCUCUGUGCGCCCUGGUCAGGGGCUCAGCAGACGGGACUGUCCUUGCACAGGGUCCCAUGGUCAGAGCCGCGCUCACGGCAUUGCCGUCGGCCUCGCCUGCAUGUGGAGGGCUCUGCCGCCUUCCAGGGCGGGGGCGGGGCGGUGGUUGUGUUCAGCCAGGCUCUGCGCAGCCGCAUCCCAGUUGCAAACAAGGCCCGUGUGCUGAUCCAGAAAUACGGGGUGUUUGUCAGAGCCCGUCUUGGGGCCUUUCCACCCACCUGCGUCCCCUGCGUGUUCUAAGCGGGUUGAGGGCGGCUGGGGGAUGAGCUGCCCCAUCCAGGCAGACUCGGGGCUGACGUGUCCCUGGAGCUGGUGCCGUUCUGCACCCGUCGACUAAUCGUCGCUAACAUCUCCGGGGGCCACUGGGGAAGGUCUUUCCUCCUGCCCUUCCGCCCGGUGGGAGGCCAGGCGUGAGCGUGUCUCCUCUCGGGGUGGAUGGAAGGUGAACAACUGCCCCGCCUGGUGCCGGCCUCCCACGCCACAGUGCCAGAAGGUUCCUCGCCGGGGUCUCCAGGGAAACAGCGGCUGUCUGGGAAACUGUGCUCUGUGCUCACGCCGGGCCUGGCAGGCUGCUCCGCACGUACCCGGUGGGUGGACUCGCGGGGCCACCAGACCCGUCGCUCCCCGUGGAGAAACAGAAGUGAGGAGUGAGGGUCACACCGACUCAGAAGGCUGAUCUACGGCGAGCUGCUCCGUCGGGGACUCUGUGCCACUUCACAGAAACCCUUUUCCAGGUGCUUGUGCUGCCACCGAGGGCCCUGCGAGGAGGGGACACUGGGGCGGAAUCAGAGCAGGGAGCAGUCCGGCAGGCCACAUGGUCGGGUCCCCUCCCACCCCUGGCCCCUCGCCCUGCGUGACUUCCCACCACGGUGUCAUGUGACACUGGGCACCCACGUCCUGCAUCUGCCGGGGGCACAGUGACACUCGUGUGGCAGAGGAUGGUCAGCGAGGAGGGACACAGCUCUUCCUCUUGGGGCCUGGCGAGUCUCGGACACGGUUCCCACGUCUUCUCCUUCCCGGGCUUUUACAGUCGGCCCUGAAGGUGCAGCAGGGUCCUGGGGUGUCACCCAAAGCUGCACAGGGUAAAUGAUGACAUAUUUAUUCUUUUCCCAUUUGUACACUCAAAGGUUGUUAUUAAUAAAAUUUUCUACAAAGCUGGAA